AUGGCUCGCUGGGUUUCCAGCCAGAUCCACGCAGCACACCGUGUCUUGGCCCAGCUCCGCCUCGGGGCUUGCCUAUUCUCCAGCUAAGCCCUCACGUUCCAGCUCUGAGGGCGAGAAAGGAGCCGCACCAUUAAAACCAAGGCGGUUCGGAGCUGCAAGAGCAGCGGUCGUUGACCUUUUGAGCAGAACAGAGCCCGGCGAGGGAGGCCCGUCUAGAGGGGCUCCUCCAGUAAGUGCCCAUUUCGCGCGGCUCCUUUGGGCUUCGAGAGGCUCGCCCUACUGCAGCCGCCCUGGAGACCCCGGGGAGGCGAGCGCGCUUGCGCCCGCUGGAGAAGCGGGGGGCAGCCGGGCGCCCAGCUGGGGCUGGCAAGGCGAGGCGGCGGAGGAGGAGGCGGCGGCGGAGGGGAGGGGGAGGCGCCCGCGCCGUCGGCAGGCGCAGAGCGGCGUGCGCGCCUGGCCCCUGCCGCGCUCGCUGCGUUGCCCCUUUAAUUGUGUCCCCAGCCCUCGGGCGUCUCUCUCCAACGCCCACGUCAGCAACUACCUUUUGUUUCUCUCCCGGCCGGGCUGCUCAGCGCUUUGGGGCGGCGGCGCCCGGCGAGGUUUCGCGCCCUCACCCGUCGAACCCCGAGCCAGCGCCGCUUGCAGAGCCCCGCCGCCCCUCGAACGCCCGCCUCGCCGCCGCCGCCGCCCAGCCCGCGCCUCUGCCGAGCGGUAAGUCAGCGGCGCCUCCGCGGCAGCGCCAGCAGGCCGAGCAGGGCGUCCUCCGGGCUGAGGCGGCUCGAGGGUGAGCCGGGCGCGCCUCUGCUUCCCCGGCUAGCGGAGGAUGUCCGGCCGCGCCGCCUCUCCCUCAUCCUGCGCGGCGCCCCAGUCGGGCAGCGCCCGGCCAGCCCCGUCAGGCGGGCGCCAUUUGCUGCCGAUGCCGCCCCGGGCGCGGCGUUCGGCUCGCAACAAAGGGCUGGCGAGGGACCGACGGAGUCCUCCCUGCCGCGCGUGCGGAGCUCCGAGCCGGGCAGGGGCACCUUCCGCGCCCGGGCAUCGAGUGGCGGCGGCGGCAGCAGCGGGAAAGGCCACGCUAGGCAGCCCGGCUGCAGCAACGGCUGGGAAUUCCGCAUCGCCUCCCGGCGCCCUUCCCAGGAAAGGCGGGCGGGUUGGGUGGUGGUGGUGGUGGUGGUCCUCUCGGCAGGGCGCGCGGACCGGUCCCCCUCUGGAGGCGACGCCAGGGAUCGGUCCCUGGUGACUUGGCGGGCGCGCCUCCAGCGCCGUCGGGCGUCCCUGGCUCCCGAUGGCCGAGCCUCCAGCUCGGGGUGGGCGGGCGAGAGACUGACGGCGCCCUCUGCCAAUGUGCGGCGCCGGCGCCCCUUGUGCUGCCGGGCAGGGCUAGGGGAGGACCGGCGCUGCCGCGGUGUCGGCCGCCUGCUCGGAGGCAGCUCCUCCGAUUGCAGCGUCCGCGCCGCCGCCUGGGCGCCCUUUCUGGCGGCGAGCGCGGCGCACCUGGCGAGCGGAGGGGCAGCCCUGCCGGUGGGUGCGGGGCUGGGACGAGAGGGAGGCGGCGGGAGCAGUGGCUCCUCGAUCCCCCGCCGGCCCCUCCACGCCACACACUCGGCAUGCCAGCAAGUCCCGUUUCCCCACUUUUCGCCUCCAGGCUGGAAGGACGCCUGUUGUCUCGGGGGCCCGGAUUUGGCGAGCGGAGUCUCCAGUUGCUGACCUCUGCGCUAGAGUCGCGGAGCUCCGCGGUGCGAAGGGCUGGGGCGCUGAGUGGUGUGACAAGGCGUCGCGCUGCUAGCUGCGGGCUUGGAAAGCAGCCGCCCAACCCAACUGGCGUGCCCGUUGCAGGUUAAGCCCAGAUCGGCUGCCUUGGGAAUAGCGAUCCAGCUGGCUGCUGUCGGGACUAAGAAGCAAGCGCCGGCCCCCUCCCUCCCCCACGACAAAAACGGGACAUACAAUUAGGGCAUAACGGGGUGAGGGACAACUUCCAUGUGACAGUCUGAUGAUGGGAAGAAAGUAGUGAUUGCUUAGGAAUGGUGGGUUGAGCUUGCUGGACCUCUAAAUAAUGACAGCUUGCAAUGUUAGGCAAACUGGCCUUGCAUGUGAUUCCGGUUUCACAAGCUGUGUGAGGGGAUGCAAACCUGUUGGCAUUUAAACCAACUGACCUUACUGCUCUGGGGUUUCAUGUAGGCAGAUGUUGUGAGUCUGGGGGCUUCCAGACAGGGGCUUAAUUUGCAAACUGGUUGUUAACAGCAGGGUUUCCUCCCCCCCCCCAAUUUAUUGGAUUUCCCCCAGAAUGGGUAAAUCCAGAUUAAAGUGGAUUGGAGGAAUACAGACUGCCAUUUUGAUGCCGUAUUUUAUCUGGAAAAUUCAAACAAGCAAUUGAAAUGUGCCUGCUUGAGGGUCAUCACCCAGAGAGAUUCAGUCUCUUAUAUGUGGCCAAAAUGUCCAGCUCAUCAUAACUGAGGUGAAGGACACUGGCUCCUUCCAUCAUGCUCAGCUCCACAGAGGCAAAGAUGCUGGUGUACAACCGUGCCCUUAUGGUGCAGCUAUUUAUUGGGCUCUGGAUACACAAGUUAGGAAGCUGCUACAGGUGCGAGAGAAAAUGCUGUGUACUGAGCACCCCUUUCCUGGCCCCUCUGGAUGUUGAUGGACUCCAAAUCCCAUCAGCCCCAGUCAUCGGGGAUGAUGGGAACUGUAGUCCAGCAACAUCUGAUGGGCUGCAUAUCCCCCACACCUCAUUCAGAAGUACUUAAGAGUUUCAGGGGGACUCUGGUUCAGACCAGGUGUGAUGUGAAGUGCCUCUCAGUACAGUAUUAUUGUACAUUUAAAUGUUUUAUCUUCUCCCUUAGUUCUAAAAAGCUCAAGCAAGCAUACCCCUAUUUUAUCCUCAUAACAACCCUGUGAGGUAGGUUAGCUGACAGAGAAAGUGACCAGCUCCAACUCCCAGUGAGCUUCAUGACCAAUUGGGGAUUUUUGAACCUGGGUCUCCCAAGCUGCACCCCUGCACUCCAACUAGUACACAACACUGAUUUGUAUUUAUUUUUACUUGAAUUCAGUUGCAGAAAUGACCAUGUUGGUAACUAUGUUUGAGACCAUAGCCUGGGGCAGAUUAGCCCUUUCCAAAUGGGCCAUUUUUCUCAUUAAAGUUUUACCCCAGGGUGCUUUGCCACCCGUGGGGCAGACAGAGAGGUUCUACAAAUAUUUCCCCCCAAAGGGAGAAAAGUAGUUAGGAAGAUUUUGAUCGGGGGAAAUGGCCCAUAGGAAUUGCUGCUGUCCCAGACAUAUUUGGCCUGUUGCUCUCCCCGCCCCGCCACACUAAAGACACUAAAAACAGACCAACCAGUAGUGGACAGUUCUUGGAAGUGUACUGGUCAGUGGUGGAGCAUGUGCUUUGCAUACAGAAAGUCCCUGGUUCAAUCCUUGGCAUCUCCAGGUUGGGCUGGGAAAGGCUCCCAUUCACUACUUAUUGCAGACAAGACUUGAGUUAAGCUGUCUAAUAGUCUGACCUCCCAAUGGCACCUUCCCAAUGCUCACAUCCAGUUUGGCCCUUGAAGAUUGCAUUCUGUCACUUCACCAUGUGCUUCACCAUGUCUCUGUGAAUGACUUAGAAAGUAGCAGCCAUUUCUGAAAAUCUUUCAGCUGUGGUUUAUAUGUAGCAAAGAGACCUGUUUAUUCUUUUUUUUUUUUUUUUGUAGAGCAACACAACCCUGUUUGAGAAUGGAGAUUUCUUCCCAUCAGUUUCAUCUCCUGCAACAAUUAAACGAACAGCGCAGGCAAGACUUAUUUUGUGACUGCAGCAUUUUGGUUGAGGGGAAGGUCUUCAAAGCCCACCGGAAUGUGCUGUUUGCCAGUAGUGGCUACUUCAAAAUGCUCCUUUCACAGUGCUCAAAGGAAACCAGUCAACCAACAACCGCAACUUUCCAGGCAUUUUCUCCCGAAACAUUUUCCGUGAUCCUGGAUUUUGUGUAUUCAGGCAAACUCUCCCUCACUGGCCAGAAUGUGAUUGAGGUCAUGUCAGCUGCCAGCUAUCUGCAAAUGACUGACGUUAUUAGUGUUUGCAAGACAUUCAUUAAAUCCUCCUUGGACAUCAGCGAGAAGGAAAAAGAUCGCUAUUUUAGUCUCUCGGACAAGGAAGUGAACUCGAAUGGCGUGGAGCGUUUAUGCCUGUAUGGGACUGGGUGGAGAACAGAGAGCAGUCCCCCUCAUUCGCACUUAAGCCCAGAUCAAGGGACAUGUAUAGUGGGUGGAAAUUCUUGGACCAAUUUCAAUUAUUACCCAGCCACUCAGAGAAAUGCCCAGCAGCUGUCCAAGCAUGACCAAAGGCAAGAACCCAUGAAGAAAACCAGUAGACAUAUAGGGCUGCCACAACCCUCUGAUGUUCCUCACUAUAAGGCAAGUAAACUUGAAGAGCGAGUUUCAGAGCCUAUAAGCCACACUUCUCCAUCUGAAGAGGACGUCCAAAUUGAUUCAGAAGGUGACUCUGGCCAUUCCAGCUACCAGUACGGCCAGGGAUCCGACACCGUCCCCAGAGGCUCGGCUGUGUCACAGCAAGAGCAUGAUUCUCCACACCCUGCUGGCAAGUCAAAAUCUUCCAAAGGGGACGAGCCAUACCCUAGCAUGCCCUCGGUACUGGGUGUGAUGGGGAACUGGACGGAUGGUAAGGAUAUUCAUUUAGCAUACAGUCAAUUGCCUUCUUGGCCCUUGGCUGCAUAAAAGUUUAAAACUUUACCUUUUAAAAAUGAGUGUCAUUUAUCGGAGGUGAACUAAAUUUUGCAUGCAAGGAGAAUGAUUCAAAUGGAUCCAGCUAUCAUAAUUGCAACAAUAACCUCAUUGUGUGUUGAGCAGUCUCCUUUUUCUGUUCAGCUUACUCAAGGUAGAGGUCAAGUUUUGUGGGAUACGGUUUUGAUGAAAUGAAAAAUAAAACUGCUUCUUGCACCCACUGAAAUCCGUCAUUUUUGUGUUUGGGCUUGUGGUACCUGAAGCAGAUUUCCUCCCCCCUCUCCCUGCAGCCAAGGGCCUGCACUUUUUAAAAAGUCUUGCUGCGUCACUGAGGCACCAGUUCUUCCCUCCAUCUCUUCCCCCAUCAUAUUGCCACCUGUAGCAAGAUGCUUCUUCUCCCCGCUGCCUGGCAGGGCCAGUUGUGGUGCCACCCUCCUCAGUAAGAUCAUAAUUUCUUAGCAGUGCUUCCUAGGAUUGUGUGUGUGCUUUCAAUAAAGCAUAUCUGCAACCCAGCGCUUUUGCUUUGUGCUUUCUGCACUGGUGGCAAGGAAGACUGAGUCUUGCUUAGUUUCCAGUGGGGCUGUUAUGGGAGGCGGAAAAAAAUACAUCUCUUACACCACUUUUGCAGAGAGAGUGCAGAGUGGGGAAGGCUUUUCCCAUUCUGAAAAGAGGACUUGGUGUAGCCCCAAGGAGUAUUGCUGUCUGAAUCAGAUGACCAAAUGCCUCCCACCAACACCAACACUUGGACUAGUGCUUUAAAAGUUUUGCUUGACCAUUCAGAUAUCAGUUCCAUCUGUUCCCUUAAAUUGUAUAGCCUUUGCUGUAUGGUAAGGCCAGCCAUGAUGGAGCAGGGGAACUGCCCCUAGCAAGGAGAUUCAUAAAGCCCCUUCAAGAGGGCUCUGUGUGUUCCGGUGACUGCAGUGUGCAAGAGCAGAAUGCCGUAUUGGGUGCAAAACAGAAGGGCUGUAGCUCAGUGGGUGUAAAGCACAUGCCCUGCAUGCACUAGGCCCCAGGUUUGAUCCUUGGUUUCUCCCUUUAGAGCUGGGAAAGAUUUCCACCUGAAACCCUGGAGAGCUGCUGGCCUGUAGACAAUACUGAGCUAGAUUGACUGGCCUGACUCUAUAUAAGGCAGCUUCUUGUACUAAAUUCAGCAUCCUGAAAAUCCUAAAAAGGUGAAAGUGUCUGGGUCUCAGAAUCCAGAGUGUUGCUGGACAUGGUUUCUUGUAGUUGCAUGGUGUUGGGGCAGGACCUGACAGAAGAAGAGGAGGAGUUUGGAUUUGAUAUCCCACUUUAUCACUACCCUAAGGAGUCUCAAAGUGGCUAACAUUCUCCUUUCCCUUCCUCUCCCACAACAAACACUCUGUGAGGUGAGUGAGGCUGAGGUCACCCAGCAGCUGCAUGUGGAGGAGCUGGGACACGAACCCGGUUCACCAGAUUACGAGUCCACCACUCUUAACCACUACACCACACUGGCUGUCAGUGACUGUAGUGACAGAGUUCACUACAGCUUCUAAUAACUAGCAGCCGCAAGAUUGGGCAGAAUAAACACAGGCAGAUUAAGUAAAAUUGUAUCAUUUAUACCCAUUGCAGAACUUUAAAAAUAAUAAUAAUACAGUGUUUGCAGUCUUGAAGUCAGGUACUUUAUUUUGACUAGAAGUGUCACUGUGCUAGGCGUGUUACAAUUUUUGCAGCAUUUUAAAAGCUUUGCUUGGUACUCACAGAUGAUCUGCCUAGGAUGAGGUUCAAAUGCCCCUUCUGCACGCACGUGGUAAAGCGGAAAGCAGACCUGAAGCGCCACCUUCGCUGCCAUACGGGAGAACGGCCGUAUCCAUGUGAAGCAUGUGGAAAGAGAUUCAGCAGGCUGGAUCACCUGAGCAGCCAUUUCCGAACAGUACGUUGGCACAUGUUGUAUUUUGAGAUGAUACACCCCCGGUAACUACUUAACAUAGAGAUGCAUUGACUUGCAUCAGUCUGUUUUUAGGAAACUUGCUUUAUUCUGACGCUGGGCUUGUCUACAUUUCUAAUUUCCUAGGAGGACCUAUUUCUCAGCAUACCUCGAAUCUUAAUCCCAAUGGGGCCAGGACCUAAACAAAAAAAUGUUAAUAUUGGUGUGAUUCAGCCACAGUAAAUCUCUUUGAAUCCCCUUUAAUUUCAGUGGUAGAGUUCACCAUAUGCUGGGUGUCUCCCACUGAAGCCAAUAGAAUGGCAAAGUGAUAGUUAAACUCUGGAACUCACUGUCACAGGAGGCAGUGAUGACCACCAACUUGGAUGGCUUUAAAAGAGGAUUAGACAAAUACAUGGAGGAGAGGGCUCUAGAUAGCUAUUAGCCAUGAUGCUUAUGCUCUGCCUCCACAGUCAGAGGCAGCAAUGUUCCUGGAAGCCAUAGGAGGCCAGAGGGCUCUAGGGCUCUGGUCCUUCUCAUGGGUUUCCCAUAGGCAUUUGGUUGGCCCCUGUGAGUACAGGAUGCUGGACUAGAUGGGCCACUGGCUUAAUUCAGCAGCAAGGCUCUUCUUAUGUGGUCAACUUCAGCUGGAUCAUGCCCUAUAUUGUUUCUACUGAAUUUCUAGAGUGCCCUGUCUUGAGAACCAAAGGCAGAAAAUCCUAACAUGAUAAAAAUGUGUAAGUAAAAUGCCUUGUAGCAUGAAUGUGAUAUGAUGAGUAAAAUUGCACUAUAUAAAACAUUGUACCAUUUCUUUUCUGCCUACCUUAAUCUAAGCAACCGUUUCUCCACCACCAUCUGGAAUAUUUUCACUUUCAGUGAUUUAAAGAAAUACAAAAUAAACAAGUACAUAUUCUAUGGAAUUUAUUGCUCAGUUAAUCACUUAGUACCUUCCCCCUUUCUUCUUCCUGUUGCAAUAGAUGCUUAUUGUGGAUUACUGAAAUUAUCAUUAAAAAAACCAACUUGAGUGAAUAGACAUAAUCAUGUAGGGAUGCUGAUAGGUGGCACAGGGGGUAAUAAUGCACUGGGCCCUAUAGUCAGCAGGAGCCCCAGAGCAUUCAUUAAAAAAGUAAGUCUCUAGCCCUUCUAGAAAGAAUGUUUUAAAGCAAAAUGUGCAGGUAUCCUUAUAAGUGAUAUCUGUGAGAUGUGCCAGUCUGGCUGCUCCUGCCUUUCAAUGAGUAAAGUCAAAGCUGGAAUUGAUGAGUUAGUUGUUGGGACACCAGACUAUAGGACUCUAAAGAGCUGCUGUUUUCCUUUAGUGUACUUUUCUUGGUUUUUUUCUUAUAUUCCAGUGCUCUUUCCUUUUUUUUCUCUAGCAACCAUGGUGUAUAUUUCCUGUGGUGGGCUUGUCUGAGAUCAGAUACUCCCUAGAUGUUAUUUUCUAUAAAUACUACUAUACAAUAACUGUGUGUGGAUGUUAAACACACCCCCAAAUGACAUGGAAGAUGUGAAGCCUUUGCAACGAGGCAUAGGCAGCAGAGCUGAAGACUUAAGAACUCACUAAGAAUCCAAUGUAACUUGCAGUACAGCAGUGUUCAUGUCUCCUGAAAGUCUCUUUGUGUUUAACUGAGCAAACCCCCUGGUUAGCGGGUACAGUAUUGCAGCCUAGGCUUUGGUGUAGGCUGGGCAUUGGGAGAAUUCAGUGUUCUUCUGCCUUUAACAGUUGUGCGGUAGGCAAGUUAAACAUUUUCUAGUAUGGAAAUACAAUUAUGGGAACAGCUUCAUCUACGGGUAUAGGGCGAUACACAAAUUUAAUAAUUAAUUAAUUAAUUAUGGGAACACAAGGGAGUAAUUUGUAAUAGAGCACAGUAUGUGAAGUGAUACAAUCAUUUUACCACUACACACUGUGGAUGUUAAGGCAGGAAGUUACCUUAGCUCACAGUUUCUGUGCCUUGGGGACCAUGAAUUAAUUGGUUCAAGCCAUAUCUUGAACCAAAAUGAUUCUUCGUAUCCUGGAAUUCUUCCUUUUCACCACGCUAGGCUGCAUGUGUUAAAUUUUAGUAGCAGCCUCUCGAUACUGAGAGCAUUGCUGUAUGGAAGGGGAACAAAUCAUUUUUCUAUUUCCCUUUUGAGCAGUGAUCAGCAUUCUCACUUUCAAUUUUCACAGAUCCAUCAAGCUUGCAAGCCCAUCUGCAGAAAAUGCAAGCGUCACGUGACUGAGAUGACGGGGCAAGUGGUCCAAGAAGGGACGAGGCGCUACAGACUUUGCAAUGAGUGCCUCUCCGAAGCUGGCAUAGAUAGCAUCCGCAUUGAUUUGGACACUGAGCCACCACCUGAGUUCCCACUAGAAGAGGACAAGGAUUCUAACUGGAAUUACGGUGAAGACAACAGAUCCGAUGUGGAAAUUGUAGAGGACGGGUCUACCGAUUUGGUCAUCCAGCAAGUGGACGAUAGCGAUGAUGAAGCUGAGGAAAAAGAUAUAAAACCAAACAUUAGGUAGUUAUGAAUGGACUGGAUGUUAAAUAAAGGUUCCCCCUUUACGUUGUCAUUCCUUUGUUUUGACCAUUGACUCCCAACCAGCCUGUGGUUAACAUACAAUCUAUUAUAUAGGCUUUCUAUGACUUGGGCUAAACUUGCAUGCAUUUAUGGACAUGCCAUUGUGUCUAUAUUGAAUUUAGUUACUCAAGGGUAUCAAUAUUUUGUUCCAUAAGCAAGCAUCCAUCCUGAGAUGGUACCAUGUAUGAACAAUUACCUACUGAAGUGCGACAGUGAUAACUUUUGAUAGAAUAAAAUGGAUCUCUUCUCAAACCUUUUUCAAUGUUGGGGAGCACUUCAAAAUAAAGUUAACAGCUUCAUUGUAAGUUACUCUAUUAAAGCUUUUGACAGCG